AUGGAGAAGGCUGAUCAUGACAAUAAUAUCUACUUGGUAGAAAAAUUAACCGACCGCCGGUGGCGUCGUGGUCGCGUCGAGUAUUUAGUAAAAUGGUUAAAUUACGGAGAUGAAGAAAACACAUGGGAACCUAGAGCUAACAUUAACGUCGCCUUGUGUGAACAGUUUGAUAAUGAUAAUGGUGGGCCACUAAUGGGACCAACGUCGUCUCCCAAGAAGAGAAAAAAUGACACUAAAAGCAAUGACAUGUCUCCACCAGUUAAAAAGGCAUCUAGAAAGCUCCCAAAAUCGCGCGAAUGUGAGUAUUUUGAUAGAUUUUAAAAUUUAGAAUAUUUAACGUACAAAAAAUCUCAAAGUUGAAUAAAUUAUAUUUAGCAGUUACACCGACCUCCGCUCGCCGGUCCUCACGUCGUCAGACGGACGAAUCUACGACAACUACCAGUGUAGAACCCACACCAACGCCGGAGCCCUAUAUACAGCAAUCUAACGUACUGAAACUAGAGGAGCAUCUUCCAGCCGCUGAAUCAGAACCUGAAACAUCAGCUGUCAAAUUAACUAAGUCUGAUGUUAAAGGCUCUGUUUCUUACAACGAACCUAAAACUCAUCAGAAUUUACAAGAGAAUAAAGGUUUUUUAGAACCAAAAGAACAGGAUGAAGCGACAGAACUCGAAAUAGUAGAUAAAUUAACGGUCACUGGUAAACCCGACCCACAAGACGAUAUUCCAGAAACAUGUAAGUACUUUUUAUAGCAGCUUUAAAAAUUUAUGCUUGCUUAAAAAAUUGUAUAUAACCCUUGAAAUAUAAACUUUUUUAUAUUCAUGUUAUGUUCACUUUUUUUCUCAUGGACCAUGCCUCCCCCCCCUCGUUUCUUGUCUUUACGGAACAGAAAAUUUUUCAGUUUUUGUUUGGGCUUUUCGAAAAAGCUUAUAACGUUUUAUAUUUGAAGGCAAAAAACUUGUCAUUAUUUCUUAUUAUAAUUGGGUAUGUAUAAAUUUUAAUUUAAUUUUAAUAUACGUUAAGUUAUUGAACAAACUCCUGAGGUUCUAAAUACUGCCAAUACUGAAGAGCAUUUGCCAAAUAUAACCAGUUUUCUGGUGCCAAAUGAUAGCCACUCAAAGACCCAUCUUCUAUCCGUGUACGAAAAUGCCCCGCAAUCAAUCGAAGCUGAAGAUACAAACCAACAAAACGGACUAACGGUGCGUUUUACAUAAUAAACCGCUUCUUUUGUUGAAGCUAACAGUAGUAAUAGUAAACUUCAUGCGGUAGUUUGUUUAUUAUAAAAGCUUUUUACAUAAUGACAUGAUUUUUAGACAAUUCAGUCUUCAAAUGAUCUUGGAAAUGCCACUAUCACCGACGUCACAGUUAAUAAUAAAACGUCAACAGUAUUGGAAUUUUAAAAAAAUUUAACUACUGUGGUAUUAAAAAGAGAAUUAAAUUUAAAACUUUAGGAAACGAUUAUAAGAAAUUAAUUUAAAAACUCAUGGAAAAUUUCUGUCUUACCUUGCAAAAUUCUAAAAAAAGUUAGAGAUCAAACGUGAAAUAAUAUUAAAGUUUUCAUUAUUGUUUUUAUAAGUUAGUUUUAUAAAAAUUGGUUGUUGUAAUUAAUAAUUAUGAUUUAAACUGUUUAAAAAACUACAAAUAAGACUAAAUUGGCAAUUUUUUUGAAGGUACAAUAAUUUUUACGCAUUUUUAACAUUUUUUUCGGUAUUCGUCCAGUAUUUCUAUAAUUCUUCAUCGAAAAUUGUUAGAAAUUCUUUAGAAAAUAAAAGAUAAAGAAAAUUGUGCGAUGAUCGCUUCGGGCGGAGCCGCGGCUUUGUGGCCUUAGGUUUUCUUUAGUAUUUUUUCGAUUUUUUAAAUUUAGUUUUAUAAGUAAAUUUGGUCAUUUAAUUUAUUUUAGCCUGAAUUUAAAAACAAAAUGUCCGAACGGUAUGGCUCAGAAUCAAGUUCAAUUAGUGAAGAAUCAGUAGACAACUCGGCGUUGUCGUCUUCUGACUUGCCAAAUUGGACUAAUCCUGCAUUGUAUAAAACACGAAUUUGCGAUCAUUAUAGAAGAAAGAGUGAAUGCAAGUAAGUGUUUCUAAUUUAUUUCGGAUUUUUAAAAAGAGGAAAGUUUAAUAACUAAAAUUUUAGGUAAUAAAUCGCUUGUUUUCAGGCGUUUUCAAUGGAAAUAUUUUUUUGUUAAAUUCUGUUUAUUUAUGUUCUAUUUUCUUAUUUAGGUUCGGCAAAAGGUGCUGGUUUGCUCAUGGACGUCAAGAGCUGCGCCAAGUCCCGCGACUAGACAUGCACCCAGAGGCCGAAUUUGGCGCGCUUGCACAAGUCCUCGAGACUCUGCCACCUUCAAAAUGUCGGGACGGUAAGUAAACUCUUUUUUUUUUAAUUUUAUUUUUAGUUGCGGUUAGUAAAGGACAGAAACUUACCCAAUUGAUGGCCAAAAACGUUUAUCUUCAUAACGGUCAUUUACACGGUCAAUAUGACAAUACUAGUACCCAAGUAUCAUGCGAUUCUAUUCCACAAAUUGAACGUCUGCGAAGGCAAUUAUCCGAUAUGAAGCAUGACCGUUCCGUUUCGCAUGACAUGUUAAGGUAUGUUAGUUUUAAAAAUGCCUAGACACCAUUGUUCUAAACACAUUUCUUUAGGGCUAAAGGUAACUGUAAAAUCGUUUAUAUUUUAAGCACGACAGACCUGAAUACAACGUUUGAGUCAGACAUUAUGACCUGCUUGCCGCCAUUGGUUGUUCCUUUAACAAAACGAUUUGAAAGCGAAACUUCCGAGUAUGACGAAAAUGAUAACUUGAAUAUCGCGGAUUUGAAUGUGACAUUACCCGACAUUCAUGAAGAGGAAACCCACGUCUUUACUGAAUGUGUAAGUUCGCUUUAAAAUUCUAAAAUAUUCUACAGUUACGCAAAUUAAAUGAACUAUUAAUUAAUUUUUACAGAUUUCCUCUCCUAUCAAGAUGGUUGAAUGUGGCACAAACACCGAACCGCAUUAUUGUUACGCUGAGGUUUCUGUUCGGGCUGCCAGUGGCUUAUGUUCGAUCGAUCCAAACGACUUCCAGUGCUAUUUAGAACAAGGAGGAGUGCCUGUACGCUACGAUCGUCGGCAAUACGCGUUUGCUUAUCCGGAAUAG